AUGCAACGGCGCCUGGAUGCGGAACAACGCCAAAGCACAAGUCGGGCGCUCUUCAAAUGUCUCAACUGCAACAGUAGCUACACCGAUCUCGAAGUUGACCGGCUCUUCGAUUUCACUGUGGGCAAGUUGGUGUGCGUGUACUGUCGAGCCGAUGUACAGGAAGAGGAGGACAAUGCCCAGCGGUCGGAUGCUCGUGCUCUGGUUGCCAAGUUUCACCAACAA